GUCGGAAGCAUCACCACAUCAAUGACUGCGCUGCGUAGCAUGAGAGCUGAUACCAAGAAGCAGUUUUGGAUGCUUCGACGCUACUUGGGUUUCAAGAAAGUUCCGUAUGCCACGAGGUCGAGGAUUAUCAAAUUCUUGGAGUUCCAAUGUGCCAAGAGAUCGGCAGAAGUCAGUGUUGAGAGCAUCGAGAUUUUGGAUUUGCUGUCUGUUCCUCUGCAAAAUUUGCUGCAGUUCGAGCUGAGAAAACAACUAUUAGAGGGACAUCCCUUCUUCGCGUAUCUCCAGGAGCACAUGCUGCCGAUCAUGAUUAGCAUCUGCUCCAGAGUGCUCAAGUUGACGGCCUUUGCCCCCGAGGAUGUUGUAUUCCGUCCUGGUGAAGAGUCAACCUCCAUGUAUGUGGUGCAGAGCGGAGAUAUGGAAUAUCGCGUUCAUUCCUCGAAUCAUGAGUGUUUGGUGGCGCACCAGGUCGGAGCCCUGGCCUGGCUCUCCGAGGCAGCUCUAUGGACCAACUGGUGGCAUCGCGGCUACUUCACCAGUCGCGCUGCUUCCUGGAUUGGCAUCAUCAAACCAGGACCUCUGGCUGAGAUCGCGAAGAUUCACACCGCGCCCUGGUGCUUCUGCAGGCAAUAUGCAGCUGUUUUUGUGGACAACCUCAACCGAUUGAACCAAGAGUCCUGGAACGACCUUGGCCUCGACACCGAAAAGCUUCAGGGUCUCGUGGAGGGAGCCAAGAAUCCGGAAAACUUCUUGGAGAAAGAGACGAGGUCCCGGGGGGUUGAAUCAUGGGCCGAUUCGGAUGAUGGUCGCAGUAUACGCAGCUCACGGAACAGUUCCAAGGUCCAGGAGCGACCCUUCUCAGGCUUCAAACUCUGACGCAGGCGAUGGUUAGUCGGGAGCAGUUCGGAGCUAUAGGUCUCCAACGACUUUCCGCACAAAAAAUGCAUUGGGAGUCACGAAUGGAGCUACGAAUUUUCGAGUUU